AAGCAAAGAGAGGGGAUGGCUUGUGUAGCAGUAACUAUUGUUGUGAGGAUAAUAGAGGUUGGGCUCUUGCAAUCUCAGCCUGGUCCAGUUGCACUAGAAAACUAAUUCAUUUGCACUGGUAUCGGCAUCAUGCAAAAUGAGACUCUAACCCAGUCAAAGAAUCUAUUGGAUCUUUGAUCCAUCUCUAUUUCAUCAGUGGAAAAAAAAAAAGCAGUGACCCUCCAACUCUUGAAUUAUUGCAGCAGUUAAAUUAAAGUUGGGGAGAAAAGUAAAGGAAUCUUUUGAGUUGGAAAGCUAAAGCUUAAAAAAGCUGUCGGCAUAGAUAGGAAUUAUUGCAGUCAUCAGAUCAGUGGCAAUACCCAAUUGCUUCAUAUCAAAUUCCAUUCAUCAUCUUGCUUCACUUGCUUCUGCAAACAAGCUCAGAAACAAAAACAACUAUCUCAUUUACAUUACACCUACACCAAUACAGAUUGAGAAGAAUGGCUUGUGUGGUUGUACUUUCUCUUAUGAGGACGCUAGAGCUUGAGUUCUUGCAACCUCUCCCUCGUCCUAUUCUACAACAAAAGGAACUCAUCCCUUGCAACAAAGACUUGGUCCUAUCUCUCCAUAACAAGCUUGGAUUUCUGAUGGAACUAUUCGAUGAGAACAGAAUGGAUGGUGUUGAAGCAAUAAAAGAGUUGGAAACAAAGCUCAGAGAUGUAGCUUCUAGGAUUGAGGAUGAAAUUGAACUCCAAGUAGUACAUCUUUAUGAGGAUGAAAUUCAACUCGAAGAAGAGGAAAACAGAAUUUUUGAAGGAAUUUUUGAUAUUUUUGACAAAAUUGUGUAUCAUACAUUUCAGCCACUGGAAGAAGAAGGAGAAGAAGAAGAAGAAGAAGAAGAAAUGCCACAGGGUGAGAAAAGCACUCAUCAUUGCCAACGCCUUCAUCAGACAAGUACUCAUCAUUGCCAGAGGCUUCAUCAAAUAUUGCAUCCAGUAAGAGGAAAAUCACAUCCUUGUCUCAAAUUCCGUCGUAUUUUGCACCGAGCUGUACAACACAUUGAUGCCAUCACUGAAGAGUUGGCGAAAGCCAAGGAGGAGUACCAGCUUUUCAAACAUCAUCUACAAGCAGGAACAAAGCAGCCUGCCUCCCUUCAUGUUUUACCAAUACCUACUCAUCAAGGUAUCACCAAGCCUGAUUCUUCUCACAAUGCUUCACGCUCCAAAGAAAAAAUGGUUGGAAAACAGGAUGAGUUCGAGAUUAUCAAGGAGAUGCUAAUCCAACAUCCAUCAAAGCAACUAGAAAUUGUCUCCAUUAAAGGUAUGGGAGGUAUUGGUAAGACAACAUUAGCAAAGAAAAUUUAUGAACAUCCAUCAAUCACUUCCUACUUUGAUAAGCGAGCAUGGACUGUCGCAUCACAACAUCACUGUAAGAGGCAAAUGCUCUUAGAUCUUCUUGGUUCCAAAGACGAUGCAGACAAAAGCAGUGAUGAGGACAUAGCAUUACGACUCUACCAAAGUUUCAAGUGUCAAAGGUACUUGGUUGUGAUGGAUGACGUAUGGAGUGUAGAGGCAUGGGAUGCUCUCAAAACUUGCUUUCCCAAUGAUGAAUAUGGUAGUCGAGUAUUGUUGACUACUCGCCUUGCUAAGGUGGCUAAUCAUAUCUGCACCCAAAAUGACUUUUCUCAUCAAAUGCAAUUGUUAGAACAAAGUGAGAGUUGGGAACUAUUUAAUGAAAAGGCAUGUAAAUCUCGCGGUGCUGAAUUUGAGACGAUUGGGAGACUGGUAGUUGAAAAAUGCAAAGGACUGCCUUUGGCAAUUAUUGUGGUUGCAGGCCUUUUUUCCAAGCUCAAUGCUCUAGAUGAGUGGAAGAAUACUGCCAAUGCUCUAAGUUCUUCUUCUCGAACUACUCUAGAUGAUGAAGAAUGUUCGAGAAUACUCUCAUUGAGUUACAAUCAUUUGCCCCACAACUUGAAAGCUUGUUUCUUAUACUUGGGAGUUUUUCCAGAAGAUCACGAGAUCAAAGCUGUUAAUCUUGCAAGGCUAUGGCUUGCUGAAGGACUCGUUAAGGCAUUUGAGAAUGAAAGCGUUGAUGCAGUGGCUAACAGGUACAUACAGGAUCUUAUGGAUAGAAACCUAAUAAUUUUAAACGAGAAAAGCCGUUGUGGAAGAAAAGUUAAGAGUUUUAGGAUGCAUGAUUUAUUGCAUGUCUUUUGUGUGAAAGAAGCUCAAAACGAGAAACUUUUGCAUGUUGUCGAGAGUGAAAAUAGUUGUUAUUUUCCUCAGAAAGGUUUCCGCUGGGUAAGCAUCCAAUAUGAAGAUUUUAACAUGUCUACAAUACAACAUUAUACCUUGAAAAGCUAUAGAUCGGUCUUCAGGUUUUUGAUGAGCGGAUCAUUUUUAGAUUUUAGAAAUAGCAAUCUACUGAGAGUACUCUUCUGUGUUAGUGGAUGUUUCUGGCUCAAAAAUAUUGUGAAUAAUGUCCAUUUGAGAUUCCUAAGUGUUGGAAAUGAUAUAGAACUGUCUAGGGCUCAGAGAUUCCUAAAGUCAAGACGUAGAGAGAGUGUUGAAUUGUUAAGGUCUUGGAAUCUUCAAACACUUAAUAGUCUUUAUGGAAGAGUAUCAUACAGAUUAGAUGAAAGAGGGAAGUAUUCGAAGUUUCCACAAUUACACUUUAUUUGUUGCAGUGAGUAUUUUGAUGGAAAUCCUCCCCAUUUUGUUCAAGAACUUUAUGGGAUAAGAGCUGCUGAUUGCUCAAAAGAAUACAUUACCAAUAUUCCAUGCUUGAAGAAGGUACGUAUUCGCGGUGAAGGCAGAGAGAUUAUUGCUAGCAUUGCAAACUUAGCCUAUUUAGAGCAGCUCGAGGUACUUUACAUUUCAAGUUGUCUUGGAACACAUACUCCAAUAAAUAAUGAUAUUGUUCUCUUGAAAAACCUUAGGGAGUUGAUAAUAUAUGGUAUGGGAUUUCAGUGGGAGGAAAUUAAUAUUCUUAGCAAGUUGCCUAGGCUAGAGGUGCUCAACUUAGAACCGAAGUCAUGCCUAGGCAAAGAAUGGGAAAUACAAGAGGAAGUGAUAUUUUGCCACUUAAUUGCUUUAGUUAUCUAUCAACGUGAUCUCAAGCAUUGGAAAGCUAGUAGUCAUAAUUUCCCAAAACUUGAGCACCUAUAUAUUAGGUAUUGCCGUGAAUUGAGAGAGAUCCCAAUUGACUUUGCUGAAAUUUUAACAUUGAAGUCAAUCGAAUUACGGGGAUGUCUUCCUUUUGCUGUGAAAUCAGCCAAGAAAAUUCAGGACGAGCAAUGUGAGUAUGGAAACAACGAUAUGGUUGUUAUUGAGGAAGAAACAUUAAAUGCAAACUCUGCAUCUGGGGUUGGUGUGGUUGAUGAAUGCAAGUUGAAAUUCCUGGAACUGAAGUCCAAGAGGAACUACAGAUACAUCGUGUUCAAGAUCGAUGAGGCGAGCCAGGCUGUAGUGGUCGAAAAGCUCGGGAGCCAUGAAGAGACUCAUAUCCAAUUCUCUAACAGCAUGCCACCAAACGAGUGUCGCUAUGCAGUUUAUGACUAUGAUUUCACCACUGAUGAGAACUGCCAAAAGAGCAAGAUCUUCUUUGUUGCAUGGGCACCAGAAACUGCUCCAAUUAGGAGCAAGAUGGUGUAUGCAAGCUCGAAAGACAGGUUCAGGAGAGAGCUCGAUGGGGUGCAGGUUGAGUUGCAGGCAACUGAUCCGAGUGAGAUGAGCUUGGAUACCUUCAAAGGGAGAGCAUACUAAAAGUUGAUCUCCAUCGCGUUUUUAGUCGUUUCGUUACUUCAUAAACAUCUCAGUUUCUGGGAUUUUCUGCUGGUUAAUUAAUUAGUUCUGAAUCAGAGGAUAAGAUGAGAUUAUCCACUUAUUUCUCCUGAAAGUUUUUUUGUAUUUGAACAUUGUUUGUUCAUCAUUUUUUGUUUUGUAUAUGUUAAGGUCAAUCAUAUAAUUCCUUCAUUUUUACCAAUUGUAUUC